AUGUGGAGGCCGCCAGUUCUGAGGAGGUCGAGGAGGACGGCGAAGCAGUCGGGGUUUCGGUCGAUAAAGUGGUGGUGGUCGGGUGAGGGUGAGGGGAGGAGGUUCCAGUUGGAGUCGAGUAGGGCUCCGAAUAGGGAGUCGCGGCCCGCGUUCGCGAGUGUGGUGGCGGUGGUCUCGAAGAUGCGGCCGCUGACGUUGAAUUUGACGCGGUCCCUCUGGGGACCCAUGCUGGAUGUUUUUGGGAUGAGAAAAAAGGGUGGGACGGAGGAGAAGGGGGGAAUUAAUUCCGAAUUCGGAGAUUUUAAAUAUUCAUCCGGAAAUUGUGUUGUAUGCCGACUGGGAAUGGAAUUAAGCUAUAGCAUAAAAGGAUUUCAAACGAGAAGUAUUCAAUUGAACGCACUGCAAUCCGAAGUCAAACAACUGAAUGUAAGGAAGAGAUUGACAGAGGAUCAUGUAGCGAAAAGUCGAAACAAAGCGCGUAUGUACACAAACACAAAGAGAAGAUCAAACAAGCUGAUAGAAAAAGAGCAGGGCAGCGUACCAGGUAGAGCAAAACCAACAGAUAGAUAUCCAGAUAAGACGAUGAACACGCCUGUGAAGGAAGUUAAGGUUUCAGAAAUCGGAUUAAAGGAGAAGGAGAAGAAGGAGAAAAUUGGGAGCGAAAAACAUAUAUGUAUCAAUUGGUCUGCAAGAUGGACCCCAGUUCAUGGAGUAGUACUCUGGGAGGUUUCUAAUCAUCUGAGCCACGUCGAAUUAUUGACCACUACCCGCCGAUCGCGGAGGGAUCACCGAGUCGUGCAAGUCACUGAGUGCCGCUGUCACAGGGUAGCGUUGCUGAGGAGCUACGAGUGUCUCUGGGUUGCGUCGCCGAGAAGAACGCGGAACGACUGGGGCUACUGCAGAUGGCGUAUGGUCGCCAGUUCCGUCUCGUCGCUGGUUGCGCCUAGGGCCACUGGUGAUGUCGUCGGUGAUGGUGGUCGCUGGUGGAGGUGCACGAAAAGUUUUGUGGUCGUCGAACAACUCACGGGGUUGAAUAUAUAUUUGUCGAGAUAG